AUGCGGCCGACAGGACAGCCACGAAAUGCAUCCAGCCAGCCCCCCCGCCUCCUCUGCCCGGUCCACGGCGGCCAGCCUGUCCCGUCACCACCUCUCCGACCAGCCAGUCUCGCCGCGAGCCUCGCUUGCUUGCCCGUUCUUCCUCGCCGUCAUCGUCUCGACGUCGCUGCUCUCUCGAAGCACACACCAGUCCAGUAUCGCCCUGCAGCCUCGACCGUCUACGCUGUCGACGCUCAACGCUCCUCCGCUCGUCCACUGCCGUUGAGCCGGUCGUCGCAUCUCUCCUCCGCUGCAUCUCUCCUCUGCAUCCGGCCGCAUCUCGGCUGGCAAGCCAUGGUCUGA